UUGUGUAGCUCUACAGCUCGUAUAGUGGAGGACUCGACAUAGAUUUUGGUGGAGCACUGAUAUUUACGGGAAUCAAAAUGGCCAUUCAUUCUGGAUUGUGUGCCCUCAUAAUGAUAUUCUUCAUUGAUUGUUUGAUGAUCAAGGUCCAUGGAAAAGACCCAAACAAUGCAGAUGAAAAAGAUUUCAAGUAUGCUGCUAUUGGUAUUGGGAUCGGGGCGUUUUUUUCCGUGUGUUUUGUGGCUAUAAAGCUCUACAUGCUUAGAAAGCACAUCUUUGAUAAUGCCCUCUCAGAUUGUGACUCAACAGCAAGACCAUCUUCAAGAACCGUCGUUGUAGAGCUGAAGGCUGGUGAAUCCCUCAUGAACUAAGAGAGAUGAAGUGAAAGGUGACACAGAGAACAUUUUCAUCUAUGUACUUUUCACUAGCUCUCUAAAAUGUAUUUGGGAAUUAUUUUCAUUACAUUUAAUUCGGGAUAUGACUCCAAACUGAAAUCUAUCAUCACUGACAAACACGUUUGCUUGCCACAUUAUUGAAACAUUUGGAGUUGUUGUAACAUUCAGUCAAUUAGAGUCAUUGGAUCCUCUCCACGGUUUGACUCAGUGAUUGGAUUAUUGUGGUUUUACAAUGAACAACUGUUAUUUCUUUGUGUUUUAAUCGUGACCUUCCAGUAAAAUAAUUCCCAUUUGAGGUGGUUUUGUCCCAAAGAAUAUGUGAUUAUAAAAGGAGUAAGAACUUAAUUUGUCAAAACAGAUCAGUGUAUACAAAUGAUAAAAAUCACUGUGGAAUAGUAUGGUGUAUCUUGUCCUGUCACACACACCCACACACACACACACACACAAACAUAUACAUUUAUGGGGAAUAUUGUCAUAUUGGGCUUUUAUAUGCAAUGAUGGCAACGUUUUAAAUGAAGUAAGUCUGGUGGCAUGUAAGUCAUCCAGACAUACAGUAGAAUAAUUUGAAACAGACGGGGUGAAAAUAGUUAGUCUUGAGUCAAUAAACACAAAAGCAGAGUUGGUGAUUUGGUGUGGCAGGGUUGCUUGUUGUUGUUUGGCCCAAGCAUCUGUUACCAGUCCCCUGUGGGAAUAGACAUUGACAAUAGACAUGAAAUCAUGUUUACACUUGAUCCAGAACCACAAGCCAAACAUACUGUGAUGUUUACUUGGCCCAGAUUCUGCUGGGAUGCAUUUGGAAUUGACCCUAAGAGCAGAAACACGUAUGGCCAAUGAAUGCCUCAGUGUCAAUGUCUCUGGGGUCAGGGGUCAAGGGUCAGGGAUCAGGCCAAACAGUUGACAGGAUGUCAGCAGGGUGGUGAGGAGCUCCCAGGCCGAGGGGUGGCUGAGGUUUGCUCGUUUUACCACGUCCCUUCUCCGCUGUUCAGAAUUACAAUUUAGAUAUAGGCCAUUACCUUGCUUUGCCUGAGUUCCUUCUCCAGUUAUGUUUGCUUAUGACCAUUCAUAGUGUAUAAUUACUUAUUCAAACAAUAAAAUAUAGUUCACAGAAAGCUCGCACUAAAUAUUCAAAUUUAAAAUUCUCUUUGACAUAAGUAUUUCUUCUAAAUGGUUUCUUUCUCUGUUUAGUGUGAAAUGCUGUCCACAGCAUAAGGGUAUCAUUCUUUGCAUGGCGUUCAUUCAUUACAAGUCCCUGCGAAGGCAAAGAUUUUGCUGUCUAAUUUUGGCAUUAAUUGCAUAACAGGGGGACAAAUGAAUGCAGCGCUAAGUAUAGAAACGACUCCUGAUGCUGGAACUCAAAGGGGUUGAUGUCAUUCUUCAUAAAGCUCACAUGAGAGGCUUGAAGGUCACCACUGAACACUUAUCUACUUGUAUAACAGGACAAAUCAGUCUGUUGAGAGCACAUGCACAUCCUGUUGAAAUAGUUCCAUGAUAAAAAAAUAAAAAAAUAAUUGGACAGU